ACAGUUUUUAUUCUUUAGUGGCAAUAUCAACGGAGCCCAGCUCUACUGGGAGAGCUGGAGAAACUCACCACCUUGAUUCUGGACUGCAACAACUACACGUCACAUGUGAAGUUCCCAUUCAUGCCCAGUGUCACAACGGUGUGGAUAAACAAAAACAAAAUAAAAAACCUGCCCACAUUUGUCGAAGAAGUAAGAAGGAAGUUCCCUAACAUCAGAAUUCUCAGUAUGAUGAACAACGAAGCUGCACCAAGUUAUUUUAAUGGAGGGAGUCUGUGUCAGUAUCUGGAUUACAGACAGUAUGUUAUCAGCCAGAUCCCAGGUUUGGAGGUGCUGGAUGACAAAGAAGUUUUGGAAGAGGAGCGCAUUGAAGCUCAAAACGUGUAUAAGCUCCAGAGAUCAAGUGUGUUCAAGAAGAAAAAGGACAUAAGAAAAUAACCCCAGCUCAGGCUGAUCUUCGCAAUCUUCACACUUCAUACUUCAUACGUCAUACUGCCCUACAGUCUGCAGCAGCCAUGCAGAAGUAUACAUACUGGGUACACCAGUAUGUAUAAAUAAUAAUGGCACCUUGUUUGUUAUGUGCAUCCCCCUUGCUGUAAUGUGCUCUAAAAAAUCUAUUUGAGCCCUAUCCUAGCAGAGUAUUAAUUGAUCAAAUCAACCCCUUACAGCUUAAACUUUUAACAGUGCUUGUAUGCUUUUAAAAAAAUGUUAUUUUGCAUAAUCUAUUUAUUCAUUCUUUUCUUUUCCCUGUUUUCCUUAUUUUAAAAUUCCUUCUACCAAAAGUUUGGCUUAGAUAUCACGUUAAACCAAGUAUCGACUUGGAGUGGCCUUAAAUUAAAAAAUAUAUAUUUAUCAGUUAACUGAUUUUCAAUUUGGAACUAAGUGAUCUUUCCUAGACCUGUAUACAGGUCUGCAGUGUUGAAAGAGUGAGUUAAAGGCUGUUUUUAAAAGAGUGUUUCUAAAGAAAUCAUGAAUAUCACUCUUUAUUGUAUUCUGUUAAAAUAUGGAUGCACUGAUUUCUUCCUACUGGGAACCAUAGUUUGGACUGACAGAGUCCCAAUUCUAAUAUGUUUUAAUGGAAACUAACAGGAUUCAAAUCAGUACAAGUGGUAGAUAGAAACAUAUCAUUUCAGUUUAAUUUUCAUAAAUCUCACUUAUAACUACAUGAACAGUGUAUUUAAGCAUGUUCUUUCAUGAAUUCAUUUUGAAUACAAUUUGAGAAAUACUAACAGUGUAUACAGCUGCACCUGUAUGACAUAUAUUUAUUCAUAUACAUUCAUAUCAUUUUUUUUGGACUACUGCAUUAGGUUCAGCGUUUACAAGGCUGCAUCUUACCAGCAGAGGGCACUGUUGGAGCGAGAACAAGAACGUUAAGGUUGCUGAGAUGUGUUUAUAUUGCUUGUAUUUAUAAUGUUGCAGUGCUGAAUGCAUUAAAUGAUAUAU